UCCAAAGGACAGUCGGCGCUGUUCCUGAUAACUCUGCUGCUAAAUAUAAUCAGAGCAGUGACCUGGUUCCACCCGCUGCAGGCCUUCGGUCUGCCUGCGCCAGGCCCUAAGCUUGACACUGGGGGUCUUCUGAAGAUAAAUCUGACCCGGCCCCUGCGCUCAGAGGAAAGCCACAGUCUGUCCCGGGAGUUAGAGCGAUUUAAAGUAGCAUGGAUCUGCCUGUGGAUGAAUGGAAAUCCUACAUACUUCAGAAGUGGUCUUUACUCCCAAAGGCUGUGCGCGUCACAAUUUCUACAGCAGAAACUUUGAGUGAUAUCUUUCUUCACUCCUCUUCCCUUCUUCAACCUGAGGAUGAGAUGUUUUUGAAGAAGCUAUCUAGAGGUUAUUCGGUAGGAAAGGAUCCUGAUGCUCCUUUUUUCUACAGAGAAGAAGGAAACAAAAAAUUCCAGGAGAAGAAUUAUAUAGGAGCCGCAGUACUGUACUCUAAGGGAGUUUCCCAUUGCAGUCCUGACACAGAGGACAUUUCACUGUGCUAUGCCAAUCGCUCUGCAGCCCUGUUCCGCCUGGGUCAGUAUGAAGUGACCAUGCAGAGUGUUGUUGAUCCACAAGAAAAAGCUAUGGCAUUACCUCCUCCUCCCCUGGAGGCAUGGAAUAUUUCCAGAUCUAAAGAGAGCUUCGUUACCAGCAGCAAGCAGGUACGCCUUGCCACAGGCAUCUUCCCUGUUGUCAGUCUACUGAACCACUCCUGCAGCCCCAACACCAGCCUGUCCUUCGCUGGCACUGUCGUCACCAUUCGGGCAACACAGCAGAUUGGAAAAGGGCAAGAGAUUCUCCACUGCUAUGGGCCUCAUGAGAGCCGGAUGAGUAUUGCUGAAAGGCAACAGAAGCUGAAGUCUCAGUACUUCUUUGACUGCAGCUGUCCAGCUUGUCACACUGAGGAGCUCAGAACAGCUGUGGGGCCCAGGUGGGAAGCCUUCUGUUGUAACAGUUGCAGAGCACUUAUGAAGGGAAAUGCUGUACUGAGCUGUGACACCAGAUCUUGUGCAGAAUCCAUCAGUAGGGACCAUCUGCUCUCUCGGUUACAGCAACUUCAACAGCACGUUGAGAUGGCCCAGAAGCUUCUCAGAAAUGGUAAACUAGAGCAAGCCAUCCAGCAGUUGUUAGUGUACCAGCAAGAUGCCAAGAGCUUCCUGUGGAGAGAGCACACCAUGGUGGGGAAGAUUGAGGAUAACCUGGCCCAGGCUUAUGCCACCUUAGGGGACUGGCAAAAGUCUGCUGCCCAUCUACAGAAGAGUCUCCAAGUGGUUGAGGCCCGCUAUGGGCCAACCAGUGUUGAAGUGGGCCAUGAGCUCUUCAAACUGGCUCAAGUCUUGUUCAAUGGGUUUGCAGUACCUGAGGCUCUGAAUACCAUACAGAAGGCAGAAAAGGUCCUCAUGGUGCACGUCGGCCCUCAGAGCAGUGAAAUCAAGGAGCUCCAAGAAAUGAGAUCUUGUUUAUUGGACUUGCCACCAGCCCUUGUGGGGCCUUCAGUAUAGAAUCCCCAAGGGACUCUGGCCACAGGAAAGGAGCCCUGGCAGAUGAAUUGAAAGAGUGGUCCUGCUGCUUAGCUGUCAGCUGAAAGGCAGUUUGCCCAACAGCCAUCCUAGUGUGUUAAGGGCAGGGAAAACUGGAAAAUACUACACUUGGAGAGAGACACUCACGCAUUCAUGGACGUACCUUGAAUAGCAAACAGCUCUUCAGAAAACUAGUACACAGAAAAGACUUCCAACUAGAAUCUGGAGAGGCCUGUUUCUUUAAAAAGAUUGUAGUUAGUCAGGCACCAGUAGCUCGCCCUAUAAUCCUA